AGCACGUUCGGAACGUUGUACAACACUAGCCAGCAGUCGUAGUUCUUGUCGGGAUUGUUUUUUUAGUUUAAUAUUUCUUAACUUUUAAACUGUUAAUUACCCAAUUGGUCAGCCUUUCAAAAUUGCAACUAAUUCGAAUAACCUACUUUUCACGGUUAUCACCGCCGUCGCGUUUCCUUGCGCCCACAAAAGCUAAUUCAAUUAACCACGCACACAGAGACAUCUAGCCUGCGUCAUAAGCUAUUUUCGUCCAGAAAUCCAAAAUCCGGACAAUAUGGAUCCACAACAGAAGUCCGAGGUGGUGGCCACCGUAGCUCCCCUGCUGGAGGAUCAGCUGGACAUGGCCGACACCAUGAAACAUUGCUUCGAAAAUCUCAUUGUUAUUGACGUGGGUGCAAAUUUGACGAACAAAAAGUAUAGCCGUGAUCUUGACUCCGUCGUCCAGCGAGCCAGAGAUGCAGGUGUUCAAAAACUCAUGGUUCACGGCACUUCGGUCAAAUCAAGCAAGGAAGCGCUGCGCCUCUCGCGCAUCUAUCCCGACAUCAUCUACUCGACUGCUGGCAUCCAUCCACACGACUCCAAGUCCAUCGUGGAGGAGCCGGCCACAUGGUUCGACCUGGAGCACAUUGCCCAGGCACAGGAGUGCGUGGCGGUUGGUCCCUGCGGCCUGGACUACCAGAGGGACUUCUCCGAACCGGACGCCCAAAAGCAGAUAUUUGCCAAGCAGCUGCAUCUGGCCAUCCGGCUGAAUAAACCUCUGCUGAUCCACGAGCGGUCGGCUCAAAAUGAUUUACUCGAAAUACUCGACAAAUUCGAGAAUCUACCGCCUGUUAUCGUCAGAGGUUUCAUGGGCACCGCCGAGGAGGCACUCAAGUAUCUAGACCGCAGGUUCUACAUCAGCCUGACUGGCUACCUGUGCAAGGAUAAAUCGGAUACGGGCGUGCGACGGCUACUGGAGGAUGGCACUUUACCGCUGGACAGACUGCUGGUGGAAACGGAUGCUCCGUUCAUGUACCCAAAUACGAGGGCAUCCAAGUUGCCGCAGCACGUUAAGACUGGCAUCACCGAACGAUCAUUGUUGUACUUACACAGAUAUUGUACCUUCCAACGCAACGAGCCCUGCAGUCUGCCCGCCAUCGUGGAAAUGAUAGCCGCCUUUAUGAAGAAAACGCCAGAGGAAGUUGCUCUGGCCACCGCCUUUAAUGCCUUGAAGCUCUUCGGAUUGUCCUAAGCAAACUGGUGCCCUGGAACUGAACGAAAAAGUGUGCCAACCAGCAGCUUUAUACCCGUAUCAUUAUAGAUUGAACGAGCCUGAGAUUAACGAUAGACUCACACACCCACGUGCCUUAACCACUAAUCGAAUUCGGGAUGAAGCGCUUAUCCUGAGAUCCCUACACACAAACACAUUCAUUUAUACGAACCCCACAUAGCAUGCGAAAAGUACGUAUACGUAUAUAUCUAUAUUAGCCCGUAAAGGUGCAAAUUAUCGAUCGAGAUUUGCAAGGUCUAGCUUUAAGUUGUUGGGAAUUCCCCGAGCAAUUGCCCCCGGACACCCCUCCCCAAGAAACGGUGCCAAGGUGGUGCCGGAUUCGCACUGGUUCGGCGUUUCACGCCUCGAAGCGCGCGCUUCGAAAUCACUAGGUUUAGUUAUGUGCUGCAGCUCGUCUUUUGUUUGAUUCUUUUGUAUUUAGACUGUAGACUCAUUACUUUUAGUUGUGUCCCUUGUUAGCCUGUAGUCUUGUUUUUUGUACAUAUUUAUUCUUGUUGUUCUACGUGACGAGUUGACGAUGAUGAUGAUGAUUAUGGGAAACGUAAUGUGAUCAUUUUAAGAGCUAAAUAUUUAUAUAUUUAACAUACCAACAAACACAUUAGUUAGGCUAUGAAACAUACAUAUUGAAUAUCAUGCGCCUAUACAUACUAUAUUUUGUUAUAUUUACAUAUACAAAAGCGUUGUACUGAACUGAUCCGACUCCGACCCACGGAGUUGCCUCAAUCCGCUUUGUGCCCAUUGUCCGCACUCAGCGCACACACUAUUUUCCAUUUCAAUAAAGCGAAUAUAAAACCCAAA